AUGGAGCAGUUUGAUGUCCACAGACCCCUGACCUGUAGAAUCAGAGAUUUAAUAACGCAUAUUUUUCUUUCUCCUUCCACACAGGCCCUCUGGUCCUGGCGGCAGGAUCAUGUCGUGGAUUCUUGGCAGUCAGCGGUCUGUGGAGCUUUUGCAGGUGGCUUUGCAGCUGCAGUCACCACGCCUCUGGAUGUGGCAAAGACAAGGAUUAUGUUGGCGAAGGCUGGUUCCAGCACUGCUAGUGGGAACGUGCUCUCUGCCCUGCAUGGGGUCUGGCAGUCACAGGGGCUGGCAGGAUUGUUUGCAGGUGUCUUCCCACGAAUGGCAGCCAUCAGCCUGGGAGGGUUCAUCUUUCUGGGUGCUUACGACCAAACCUACAGCCUGCUGUUAGAAGUGGGCAGAAAGAGCCUCUGAUGUGGAGCGACUGCACAUGUGCUUCCUUGAAGGAGGAGGCUGUUGUGUGGACUCUGCCUUCUGGUACCAACAUGAGCAGCCUUAAUAAAAAGCCUCGAUCCAACGCCACUGACGACUAAAUCUGCUUUUAUCAUAAAACAAGCUCCAAAGACGGG